AAUUUAAUAGCUCUAUCCCCUUAUAAGCAAAUGCUCCAACUCUCUUCGUUAGAUACAAACACUCAUCUCUUUUCUCUCAUCGGCUUCCUUCAAAAUGGUAGGCGUAACUGUCGUGUCUCUCUUCCUACUUCUCAUCACCACCGCCGCCAAUUCCGCCGUCGUCUCUUUCCGUGACGGGAUAUUACCAAACGGUGACUUUGAGUUAGGACCAAAACCAUCUGACAUAAAAGGAACCGAAGUGUUGAACAAGAUGGCAAUCCCAAACUGGGAAGUCACAGGAUUCGUUGAGUACAUAAGCUCAGGACACAAACAAGGAGACAUGCUUCUCGUUGUCCCCGCAGGAAAAUUCGCAGUCAGGCUAGGAAACGAAGCAUCGAUAAAGCAAAGACUCAAAGUGGUUAAAGGAAUGUAUUACUCGCUCACGUUCAGUGCCGCGAGGACGUGCGCUCAAGACGAAAGACUCAACAUCUCUGUGGCGCCUGACUCGGGCGUGAUUCCUGUCCAGACUGUGUACAGUAGCAGUGGGUGGGAUCUCUACGCUUGGGCGUUUCAAGCGGAGAGCGAGGUCGCUGAGGUAGUCAUUCAUAAUCCAGGUCAAGAAGAGGAUCCAGCUUGUGGACCACUCAUUGAUGGUGUUGCCAUGAGAUCUCUUUACCCUCCCCGUCCUACUAACAAAAAUAUUUUGAAAAACGGAGGAUUUGAAGAAGGUCCAUUAGUAUUACCCGGAGCCACCACAGGAGUUCUAAUCCCACCGUUCAUAGAAGACGACCACUCUCCAUUACCUGGUUGGAUGGUGGAGUCUCUCAAAGCCGUCAAGUACGUAGACACAGAGCACUUCUCAAUCCCACAAGGUCGCCGAGCCAUUGAGCUAGUAGCGGGAAAAGAGAGCGCCAUAGCUCAAGUGGCUAGGACCGUCAUUGGGAAGACUUAUGUACUGUCGUUUGCGGUUGGAGACGCCAACAACGCUUGCAAAGGAUCAAUGGUGGUUGAGGCUUUUGCAGGAAGAGAUACGCUUAAGGUACCUUACGAGUCGCGUGGAACUGGAGGGUUUAAGCGAGCCUCUAUACGGUUUGUGGCUGUUUCGACCCGAACUAGAGUUAUGUUUUACAGCACGUUCUAUGCUAUGAGGAGUGAUGAUUUCUCUUCUUUGUGUGGGCCUGUGAUUGAUGACGUCAAGCUUCUAAGCGUUCGUAAGCCGUAGAUGAAUGAAUGUUAUAACAUGAAGUGAAGUGUGUGGGCUUUAUUUUUUAUAAUAUGGUCUUUUUGAUUUUAUUCAAAAAGAGAUGUUUAUUUA